UCCAAGGGCACAGCAACGAGUGUCGAAUGGAUCUGUCCCAAUGGACACAGCUUGUGGAGGUGGAAUUCCCAGCCUGUAAUGAAGUGUGGGACGCAAGCUGGAGAUUUUCUCUUGUCCACCAACAUUUUGUUGUCUGGCAACGACUAUGCGAAGGUCGCCCUCUUGUUCAAGUUCAUGAACAUGGGGAUGGUGAAGAAGAACACCUUCGUGUCCAUUCAGGACGCUUACUGUGUGGACACAGUGAAGAGCUUCUGGGAAGAGAGGAGGACUGAGGCCCUCAGUGGCCUUCAGGGGAAAGAUGUUGUGGUCCUAGCAGAGAAUGACACUAAGGAGAUCAUUCAUGUUGCCACCAUCAACAAGCAGCAGACAUCCUGCAACUCUGUCGUCAUGGAGAAGGAGGGUUUUAUCGAGACUGUGGACAAGCUUACAUCAGAGAUAAAGCAUGAGGAGAUCUGCACAGGUGCUAAUGCCCAGAUCACAGCCCUUAUGAACCCAGACGAAGGCAGAUACAAGGAUCUUGGAAUUCAUCACAGUCAGGACAUGUGGCAUGGUGCCAAGAACCUUGUCAAAAAAAUAGCUGCUGCACUGUGGCUUGGUAUCAUUCACCAUGUGUGUGACAUUCCCACCUGGACUAUGGGAAAGUGUCAACAUGUGCACCUUAAAGAAAAGGCGUGGAUCCAGAAAGACUCCAGGUGCCACAAAGCUUUAGUGGACAUCGUUCUAAAUAAGCGUUGGCUGAAGCAUGUGCAUAAAUACCUGCUCUUCAGAUCAGCUGCAGACCUAGAGGCUUUCCAGAAUCAUAUAUUGAUGUAUGUCAGCAAGCGCUUCACCUUCAGUCCCCCAGUUUAUGAGGCAAGAGUUCUGCUUGCCGCUCUGGACUAUAACUUCCACCGGAACCGAUCAACAAUGAAAACAGCAGAAGGCAAAGAGAUUCUCAGAAUGCUGUACAAGAAAAACAGCAGAAGACACAAGUUAUAUGCCCUGAAGUCUGGAAAAAUCUACUCAUACAUCUCUGAUCUGCAGGCAAGGAUUGUAAAGAGGAGAAUCACAAGUGGAGUGGCAAUGCCUAGAAAGAAGACGGUGUUGCCUGCAGAUGUCCAGCAGCUGUUGGUGAUUAAAGAAGAGGUUCCCUCUGAGUGGAGCCCCAGUCUGGACCAGGAGGACCCAGAGCCCCUACACAUAAAAGAAGAACAGGAGGAACUCUGGAUCAGUCAGGAGGGAGAGCAGCUUAAUGGACUGGAGGAGGCUGAUAUCACCAGGUUCCCAUUCACUGCUGUUACUGUGAAGAGUGAAGAUGAGGAAGAGAAACCUCAGUCUCCACAGCUUCAUCAAAGCCAAACUGAGGACAACAGAGAGGCAGAGCCUUCAGCCAGCAGCUCAGCUACGCAGAUAAAAACAGAAACUGAUGGAGGAUCAGAACCUGCUGGGAACCUUGAUCCAGAUAGUCAUUUACAACCAGAUACUGCUGAAAAAGCUUCAGAGACUGAAGUCAGUGAUAAUGACUGGCAAGAACCUUUGUCAGAUUCUGAAGCUGAAACUGAAGACAGUGACAAUGGUUGGAAGGAGACCAGAGCACCUGAGUCAGGUGUAAAUGCUCUGAAAUAUAAGGAAGCUCCUGUAAGUGAUGCAGGAUGUAAUGCUGGGAAAGAAUCAUUUAGCUGCUUUGAAUGUGGUAAACAAUAUCACCUCAAGGGGUCUCUUCAGAGACACAUGAAGUGUCAUUCACGAAAAAGGUCCUCCAGCCGUCUGGUUAAUAAGAAAUGUUUCAGAAUGAAGGAAAAUGUAGAUUCACAGAUGAGAGUCCACACAGGAGAGAAACGAUUUGGCUGUGAUGUUUGUGGGAAAAGAUUUUACCAGCAGGUACAUCUUAAGGAACACACAAGAGUGCACACAGGAGAGAAACCAUUUGGCUGUGAUGUUUGUGGGAAGAGAUUUAAUAUCCAGGGAAAUCUUAAGAAACACAUGCGAGUCCACACAGGAGAGAAACCAUUUGUCUGUGAUGUUUGUGGGACGAGAUUUACAGAACAGGGGAAUCUUAAGACACACAUGAGAGGCCACACAGGAGAGAAACCAUUUGCUUGUGAUGUUUGUAGUAAAAGAUUUAAUCAGCAGGUACAUCUUAAGGAACACAUGAGAGUGCACACAGGAGAGAAACCAUUUGUCUGUGAUGUUUGUGGUAAGAAAUUUACAGAACAGGGGAAUCUUAAGACACACAUGAGACUUCACACAGGAGAGAAACCAUUUAGCUGUGGCAGUUGUGGUAAAAGAUUUAACCAGCAGGUACAUCUUAAGGAACACAUGAGAGUCCAUAAAGGAGAGAAACCAUUUGGCUGUGAUGGUUGUGGGAAGAGAUUUACACAUAAGGGAAAUCUUAAGAAACACAUGAAAGUCCAUACAGGAGAGAAACCGUUUCGCUGUGAUGAUUGUGGUAAAAGAUUUAAUCAGCAGCCACAUCUUAAGAGACACAUGAGACUCCACACGGGAGAUAAACCAUUUGACUGUGGUGGUUGUGGGAAGAAAUUUACUCAACCGGAAAAUCUUAAGAACCACAUGAGAGUCCAUACAGGAGAGAAACCGUUUGGCUGUGAUGUUUGCAGUAAAAGAUUUAAUCAGCAGCCACAUCUUAAGAGACACAUGAGAGUCCACACAGGAUAGAAGUUGUUUACUAAGCACGUUGGGAAGAACCACAGCAGUUUUCAUUGUCUUUUAGUGUUUUGUUAUAUAUUGUUUUUGUCUUUCUCUUGUGUUUAUUUUAAAAUACACUACAUAGACAAAAGUACUGGGACACCACUGUACCAAUACUUACGGGAGGGGCUGUUUUUGCAUGUUAUUUUCUUUGUUAAGGGAAAUUAUAAUGCUACAGCAUACAAUCUUUGACAAUAGUUCUUCCAACAUUUUGUGUUUGAACUUUUCCUGUUUCAAAAUGACAAGGCCCCUUUGCACAGACUAGUCGGAAAUUGCCAGGCCAUCUGAAGACUGAAGACACACACUUCUGGUUAGAUUCUAACUGCCUUUCAUUUGCUCUGUACCCGUACUCUGCAUAACACAAUAAAGUUGAUUGUAAUCUAA